CCAAUCAAGAGCUAGAGCCAUUUCGUUCAGGUCGUUUUCUAUGACCACGUCACCUCAACGGCUUUCCCGUUGCAUGGUUCUAUAUAUUUAACCACCACGGGUACCCACAUCUAUUCUCCUCUCCAAUUCUAUAUGCAUCUGCCCCAGCCACUUUGAUCUGCCUCUUCCUGCUCAGGGAAUUUGACCUGUGGGUGGGAGAUCGAUCGAUGGUGAUGAUGGGGCAGCUGGGGAGGCUGGUGGACGGGCUCAGGUCCAAGAUGAGGGCCGGCGUCGGCGGAAAGAAGAAGAAGGCGGCGGCGGCGGCGUACGAGCAGAUGGGCAAGACGGACAGCAUGAGGGUGGAGAUCAAGAGCCGGCAGGCGCAGAAGCUCAUCGCCAAGAACCUCGUCGCCGCCGACUCCAUAGGCCGCAGGAGCAGGAACAAGCGCUUCUUCCUCGCCUUCUAGCUCUCCGGCCGUCUUCUUCCUGAAAAACAAGAGCUAUGUCAUGUCCUAACAUGUGAGCUUUAGAUAGUACGUAUGGUUGCAUAGUGAUUGGUGAAUGUAAAGAAACCGCAAGAAAGCAGCGCAUACAGCACGAAGCUCUCUGCUACCACCUGUAACCACACAUGCAGUACGUGAUAUGUAAUAUCUGUCUCACCCGUGAACUUGCUAUUUAGCUUUCCGAAAAAUCAACAUUUGCAAA